AUGAAGCUAGUUAUGAGAAGUUCAAGGUUAGAAUAGUUAAUGAAAUUCAAAGGGAAACAUGACAUAAGUUGUUAAGAGUUCAAAUAGUUGAUUUUAGAUACAAGACAACAAUUCCCAUAAUUAAAUGGGGAACAAUUAAAUUGUGUUGUGGAUCUAAUGAAGCAGGACUAAUUAGUGGAUGAUGACAACACCGACUAUUUAUUGACGGCUAUCAAGAAUGUUGAAGAUCAACAAAUCAGAUACUAACUCUUAGAUAAAAUCAUUUUACCAACUUCAAAUUUAUCAAAGGAGCAGGUCAAAGAAAUAGAAUAAAUCAUAGAGAGUUGCCAAUAAUAUGCAAUGGGAUUGUCAAUCAUGGGCAAGAUGGUUGCUUUUUAUGACUAUUAGAACAUACAAAUAAUGAAUAAAUUUGUUAAUGAAUUUGAUGUAACCAAAACAAAUGCAGAAUAAUUGGGUGCCGCUUGUAUUGGUUUGGCAUUGGGAUAAUAUAAGGACAAGUAAUUAUGGGAUGAUAUAGCCUCACAUUGCUUAAAGUUGGAGAAGGACUUUCAUUCUUAUAUGCGUAUAGCAACAGGAAUGGGAUUGACAAAUAAUGGUAAUGUUGAGUUUUGGAAUGAUUUUAUUGAAUAAUUUAGAAAAUAAUUAAAAACUAUAAAUGAAGAUCUAUUCACAUAAUCAUUACAAGUUAUAACCCAAUAAAAUGUUGCUUCAUUAGAAUUAUGCGAAGCAGAAAUAGAAUACUAUAUUAUUAAUUCACACAUUAGAAUUGAGAACAUGAUCUCCAUCUAUGUAUCUAUGGCUAGAAAAUAAUUAGGAUCAUAACAAUUAUACUCCAAAUUAGAACAAGAUAUAUAUGAAAUGUAAUUGUCUGGAGAUGAUCUGAUUUUAUACGUGAUUGAGUUGAUGUAAGUAAAGGAUAGAUUACCAAAUUAGACUCUCAAUGUCUUGGUUGCUAAAGCAUACUCGGAAAGUCAAAAUCAAGAAUUAAUUGAAAAAUUAACAAAUUUGAUAAAAUGA